CUAUCAUCAGGACGGCCACCCAGAGAGUUUAGCCCUGCGAUGAAUUCAGCUUUAUAUAUCCUCAAGAACAGCUGGUAGAUUGAAGUCUGAAAGCUUCAAGUCGCCCUUUUCAAAAACUGUUUCCUCAGACUUACAGCUAUACGCGUACGCGUUCCCCACACUCCGCGUUUUUAAUUAUCAGAUAGACUCCCGAACUGCAUUUUCUGAGCUUCGCAACGGAUCACCACCAACACUUGAUAUAAGCGCUACUCUUUCUUGGUUCAAUCGAUCAGAUAUUGAUAAGGCUUAGUCUUUCUAUUCGAGUUUCCCAAAGUUCGGCCGCUCGAGAGAAAUAUGCCGAGACCUCCUACGAAGCGUAAUCGAUUGACCUCCGAAGUUUCCAAUAAUGGUAACAAGGGUCUUCUUCACUUCACAGACAAUGCCGGGUCGACGCAAAAUAAUUCUAGAAGCUCGAAUGAUGACCCGACCGCCGGGCAUAAGGCAGAGCUUUCGGACACCAAUUUUGCCCAGCAUCACAAAGAUCAGACGCCUGUAAACAAAACCUACGAUUAUGCCAUUGAAUCGUCACCCCUGGAAGAGCGUGGGGCAACGAGCACUCGUCCAGUCACAAGGGCUCGUGGCUACUCAUCUACUCUCUCUAUCGCCGGUCGGAAAUGUGAUGGAAACUCUAAGAUUCCAGGUACUCCAGCUUUUGAGAGUUCGAUAUUGAGCAAUUUCAGAAGAAGGCCACGGCAGCCUAGCAUUCUGCAGAUGAUGCAAGCGGAUGAAAAUUCUUCAGACUUGGACGACGAAGACUUCCUGGGAGGGUUAAGCCCUGAGGAUGAAUCUACACCCCUGAGUAUAUCGAGGGGCAAGUCACUCAUAACGGGACAUGAAGCCGCAGCAGCAGCAGCGUUGUCAUUAUCACCACCCGAACCUCCAUCGCCUUCUAGCAACAAGCAGCGCAAGCGUAAAUCAUCUCUUGCGGAGGCUCCAUAUGUGCCACACUCGGAAGCAGCGCGGCACUCUCCAGCUGCGUCGAUCAGGGGACAGGAAUAUGAGACUCCAGCCCGAUUAACAUUAACCCAACCUCGACUGUCGCCCGGGGCCUCCGGCGAAACAAUGGCACCACCUAUGAGCAGCAGUCCUGUGACAAGUCAGACAUCUACGCCCUCUGUCAUCUAUGCUGAACAGCCUUCGGCUUCCUCUAUAAAAGUGUUGGAGAUUCCCCUCGUGCAAAAAAACAAUGUGAGCACGAAUCUACCAACAUUGGCCCUUCAAGAUGAACUACUACCUCGCAAAACCAAAAUUCAGCGCAAACGUUUGGGGUCCAACCCAGGAAAACGGGGCAUGUUGACUAGGUGUUCCAAUGAGGAGCAUUAUGAAGAUGAAUUGAAUCACCUGCCCCCUGGAAAGUCUUAUCAAGUACCCCGAAACCACACUCGUGAGCCAAGACUCCCGAGGUCUAAUAUCCACCAACAGAACGAGCGAACAACAAAUGAUAUGGCUGAGCCUGGAAAGAGAUGUGGUCGUCAAAUCCAGAACGGCAAGAAAGGGAUGAAGUCGUCGGAUAAGUCGUCCCAUGUAAUUAGCAACUUAUUUCAGGAGCCUGAGCUACAGGCUCUUUUGUCGCCGUUAUCAUCGCCGUUGUCGUCGCCGCUUGGCUCGGAUGAUCUGAACUUAGACACGCCGUCGGCAUCUGAACCGCUUAAAAGCAGGUAUCUAAGCGAAGAGUUGAGACUGCAGGCAAAGAAAUUUGCCGAUGUUGAUCGAUGGGAGUUGGAUUUUGAGGAUGUAAUUGCUUCUGCUAGUCAAGGCAGUGAUGCUUUCAGAUAGAGUCUCACCAUGCCUGAUUGCAUACGUUAUGUUGAUUUACAGAAUAUAC